CGUUAUCAGCAGCAGAUCGAUCGGCGCAGAAGGAAGCGAGCCCGACUCGAAAGCGAAAACUGAUCAUCUCAACAAAUUUUGUCAUCGUUCCUGGGCCCGAUCGGCCGCGCCGCGUACUAAUCGCUCAGUUAGCUCGGCUUGGCUGAUAGGCAACGGACGGAUGCGAUCAGAAACCGUCUGCAUUCGAGCGGAUUUGGAUUAGAGGAAAUUUCGUCUUCCUUUUAUUUUGCGUGUAUUUGUGUGUUUAUGUUGCACUUUCGUGUUUGUCGCGCGAUUUUCCCGGACCCAGUUUUCUUUCAAAUCUUGUGUUUUAUGUGUCAUUGUUUUUUCAUGUAUUGUGAGUUGUCCUGCAAUUUUUUUCGAAAUUUUGUGCCGUUCUGCUAUGCAUUUCCAAAAAGUGUAAAUUUCUGUAAAUAGUCGCAUUUUUUGCAUUCAGUGUCUGUGUGUUUGUGCGAUUGUGCCCGUAUCGGCACCACGUGUUCAAGAGGACUGGUGCAAGCAAGCAAAUAUCGAAAGAAAAGUUCUAAUUGUUGUCACCGUUUCUUAUUUCCUGUGCUGUUUUGCGCUUUGAAAUUUUGUCAACGUCGUCAUUUUAUUCCUGUUUUGUUUGGCUGCAUGCAUUCGCGCGCACACCACCAUCGUCGGAACGGAUUCGGACAAUUUAUUGCGCCUGGCCGUUGGUAGGAGGUAAAGAUCGUCAACAAUGAGUGAGGGCAUAUUUCCCGCCAGAAGCACUCGUACUCGCGUGAACUCGAACUCGGUCAAUGUAGCGCACUCGUCGUUCCGGCCAUUUCGAAAGAGUCUCUCCGUUCCACGCAACAAGUGUUGUUAGUUGAAGAAGAUUUGCUCCUCGUUUGAAUAAAAUAGCAAAAAAAAGGUAUCAAGAGCUGCGAUAGAAGUGUGAAAAGUUAAAGCUUUUUGAAAUAUAAUCUUUAAGAGUCUGAUAAUAAGAAGCCAUCGCAGCCGAAUAAAAGAAGUGUGAGAAAGAGCAAAUCACAAGGUGUCGAAAAGGUGGUGUUCAUAUUUUGCGUAUCCGUUUUUCCGUGCCAUAAAAGUGCGUUUUCUUUUGCGUGUGUCAGUGCGUGUCCAAAGUCUUUUCUUUCCCUCUGUUCUCGUGUUAUAUAUCUUCUCCUGUGUGAGUGUCCAACCCCUCGUCCGCGACAUAAGAAAAUCUAUAUUUCGGAAAAAAAGAAGUGUUCCUUUCAAUAAUCCCCCAUCUACAAUGCUUAAUUCGUUGGAAGCGUUGGCCGGCAAGAUUUCGCCUGGCUCGGGCAAGAGUUCCCCCUCGUCCGGGAUCGAUAACAACGGCAACAAGGUGGUGCUGGGUGGAUACGGGCUGCUGCACCCCCAACUGCUGAGUGCCGCCAAGCAUCCGUACCAGAAGCCGGGUCUCAGCAACAACAACAACAACAGCAACGUGGUAAAGAAUGCGGCCCUGAUCAAUGGGGGCGGGGCGCUUGCAGCGACGGUGGUGGCCUCGCCGGCGGUGAUCGCGGCCAGCAUCGGUAGCAGCAAUGGGGCCGGACCCGGUGGCGACCAGCACCUGCUCCACCACCAGUCGGCGGCGGCACACCGGGCGGACGUGAUGGCCAAUGUGGCAACCAUGCAGCAGAUCGAGAUGAACGCCAAAGAAAAGUAAGCCAAAAAAAAACA